AUGAUCAGGUACCCUGAUGGACGACUCUCAAACCAGGCCGAUGCGACCUAUUGCCACUUUGACAGUACGUGUGUUUCGCCCGCGGAUCAUAGAAUGUGCAAGACAGCUGGACAGUGGGCGUUGACAUACGACGAUGGCCCCUCCCCCGAAGCCCGUCCCCUCCUCGCCGCGCUCGCUAAGGCCAACGUCAAAGCCACUAUCUUUGUCGCCGGCUCCGCCUCCUACUACAACCCCGCCGACCUCAAAGCCAUGUUCGACCAAGGCCACGAGAUCGCCAUCCACACGUGGACCCACGCCGCCCUCACCACGGGCACCGUCAAGCAAAUCAUCGCCGAGGUCCUCUACUCCGAAGCCCUGGUCGUGAAAGUCACCGGCGUCAAACCCCGCUUCUUCCGCCCGCCUUACGGUGACAUUGACAACCGCGUCCGUGCCAUUGUGAAUGCGCUCGGGUAUGAGGUCAUCAUGUGGGACAAACCACACAACACCCAGGAUACGGUCGUUCCCACCGCCGAGGUGCUGCGUAUGGUCAACACGUGGUUCACCCAGCCCACAGCGCCCGGGUUCAUCUCCCUGGAGCAUAACCUGAACGCGGCCGCCAUCAACUCCUCCAUCGCGGUCCUGGAUGCCGUCAUCGCUGCCAAGGCCGCCAACGCCAUGCCGUUGACCAUCGUGCCGGUCGGUGCGUGUAUUGGCCAAUCGGCGUACGUGGGGGGUGCCGUCGCCCCGGGUGGUGCGGCGAAUGGAACGGCGGCGGCUGGGCCGGCGGGGACGGUGCCGACGGUGGUGGGUGCGCCUACGAACACGGCUGCGGGGGCAACGGCUUCGCAGACUGCGGCGGCGAACUCUAACACGCAGGCUGUGGGAGCGGUUGCCAUCGUCGCCGCGGCUUUGUCUGCGCUUUUCUUGUAG